AUGGCAAGCUCUAAAAAGAUAUUACCCCAGGAGGGUACCGCUGGUUACACCAGCGGAGAAUCCCUCCCAGAGGUCACUCUGACCUCUGGCCGGCCCUCGUAUUCUGGGGGGGCCAAAGACUGCCAACCAAUGACCUCGGCGCUAACAAUGGACAAUGAUGCAAGUGAUAUGGAUUCGACGGCUGGAAGAGUAGGGGAUGACAGGGAGAGCGACUUGGAGCUAGUCUCAAUGUCGGAAACCUCUGACUCGGACAGCACACUGGAGGGCUUCCCUGACGGAAGGAAGGCGAGCACGAGCACGGCGCGGAAGAAAAACAGCAGUUCCGCGGCCCCUAAAAUUGCUCUCAAGUCCCCAAUUGGGACAGAGAGCAAGGGGAAGAAGAGGGCGCUAAAAGAAGCGGAAGUAGCGGGCCCGGUCAUAAAAGUGUCGACAGCGACAAGAGGCCGUACCAGACGACCGGGGGCCCAAAGCAGUUUUCUGCAAGAGGCGAAAGCCUAUUUAGCGGAGGGGGAGGAGAGUGGAGCAGUUGACUCGGACCCCCCCUACCGGCCUCCAUGCCUGCCCAGGGACUUGUCGGAGCCCAGGGCUGCGCAACCGGAGGCUGCCACCAUAGAGGCACUGGCUGCGAAAGCCCUCCUGAAUGUUUCCGCAAUUCAGGGGGAGGUUAAGAAGAGCGGAAACAUAAAGGGAACAGUGCGAGGCCAGAUUAACAGGGCCACCCAACAGGUGAUUGAAGCGGUGGAGGAGUUGCGAGCGAUCACCCCCGAGGAGGAGCAACGCCGGCUCCGCGCGGAGAAUGCCAGACUAGCUAGAGAGCUGGAGCUGAUCCGCGCGGAGCUGCGUGCUUUCAAAGAAGCAUACGCGGAGUCGCAAAAGCGGUCAGAAGCGACUCCGAGGGAGGCUCCUCAAGCCCAGGAGGGGGUGGAGACAAUUCUCAGGGGCGCUCUCGAAGAGAUGAGGCGCGAACUCUUAGAGUCAGUAGGCGGGAUGGUGAACGCCCGCCUGCAAGACUUGGAGACGCGCCUCCCCCCUGAGCCGGUGGUCAGACCACCGCUCCAAGCGGACAAUCAUCAUCCGCCGCCGCCGCGCCCUGUAACCAGGCCCAACCUGGCGACCAGUGCCUCAAAAAUUGUGGAGACACGACCGGCCCAGGCCCCUGCGGCCAAAGCCAGACCGGUCCCCAAGAAGAAGAUCGCCUCUAAAGCCAGACCGGCCGCCCCUCCCCCCCCUCCACCUGCUGGCGGAGAGGGGAGCGCAGGGAAGGCUGCAAAGGCCAAAGCCGGAACCGCCAAUCCCGCCCCUCAAACACCCGGGGGCGAUGAGACACCGUGGUCCCAAGUGGUCGGCCGGAAGGCCCGGAAAAAGAAGAAGAAGGCUCCGGCCGGGACCCCACCCGCUGCACCAGUUCACCCUGGUAGAGUGCAGCGGGUUCCCCCCCCUCCCAAGACUGUAAAGAUCGUGGCCCCCAAAACGGCGGCCAUAACCGUCACUCUCAAACCGGGGGCCACGAUCACAAACGAAGUAGGACAGGUCUCUGAGGCCAAAUACGUCGACGUCUUGGCCAAGGCCAAGGCAGCGAUCUGCCUCAGAGACCUAGGCUUGGAGACGGUGAAAGUCAGAACUAGUAUGACCGGCUCCAAGCUAAUGGAGGUAGGGGGGACCACCCCAGAAGAGACGGCCGACCGCCUGGCUGCCGAAUUGGUCAAAGUCAUCGGCGGCUGGGCGGACAUCGCGCGUCCGUCCAAACUCGCAGACCUCCGGGUCUCCGGUUUGGACGAGACGACGACGCGCGAAGAGGUGGCAGCCAAACUGGCGUCAACCGGCGGCUGCCACCCCGAUAUGGUCAAAGUGGGCCUAAUCAGGCCCAGCUUCUGGGGUGGGGGUUCCACUCUGGUGCGGUGUCCGGCAGCGGCGGCGAAGGCCCUCGCACAGAUAGGGAAGGUGGCCAUUGGAUGGUGCAUGGCCACCGUCACCGCGGUGAGGGCCCGGCCGCUACGCUGCUUCAAAUGUAUGCAGCUGGGCCACACCCGGGCCCUAUGCCCAUCGGAGGCAGAGGAUGGUCGCCUCUGCUUCCGAUGCGGCCAGGAGGGCCAUAAGAGGGCUGCGUGCGAGGCGCCUGUCAACUGCGCCGUGUGCAAUAGGACAGGCUGCCCGCACGCACAUAUAAUGGGGGGAGCAAAAUGCACCCCCCCCACUGUGAGGGGGAAGGCCCGCAUCAUCGGCCCUCCCCCUGCGCCACAAGCGCAAUCGUCGCCCAGGCUGCAGCCGCAGCCUGAAGAGGAACGCAUGCAGGUGUCAUAA